GCGCGUUGUGGCUGCCUGCCUGCCUGCCUGCAUAGCUGUGUACUUACGCGCCCUCGUGCAUGCUUCCUCGCGCUCGCUCGCCCAGUAUAAGACGGCGCGUGCGAGGCCUGCGAGCGCACCUUUCCCCCAUCGAAAGAACACCUCUGCCAACAAACAAGAUGCUCGCCCGUACCACCGUCGUCCUCGCCCUCGCGACCCUCGCUGUCGCCCAGUCCACCACCACCGACGCCGCCGCCGCCUCGGGCACCGACGCCGUCGCCGCCUCGUCGGCUGACGCCUCGGCCGCUGCCACCGACGCCGGCUCGUCGGCCGGUGCCGACGCCUCGUCCGCUGCCCCCUCGGGCGCCUCGGCCGCCCCCACCGCCUCGGCGUCGCACACGUCGGCCUCUGGCGCCGCUGCGCCUUCGUCGGCCGCCGCCGCCCCCUCCGCCGGCUCGUCGUCGCACGCCUCCGCGUCGGGCUCGGCUGCCGCUGCCUCGGGCUCUGCCUCGGGCGCCAAGUCGUCCGCCGCGGCUGCCUCGUCGUCGGCCGCGAAGAACGCGACCGCCUCGGCCUCCGCCAAGCCCGCCGCCGCCGGCCUCAACGCCCCCAUCCCCGCCGCUGCCGUCGCCGCCAUGGUCAUCUCGGCCGUCGUCGGCGCCGCCGUCUCGCUCUAAGCGACACGCGCGUUUCGUUGUAGAUGCCUCUUGGGCUGAUGCUAGUUUUAAUACCGAUGA